UCUGUCUUUCUACCUAAUGUUGUCGUCGAAGCAGCUGCCGGCAACUCCUCGAUAGGCUACUACAAGUACCAAAAUGUCCGAUACGCUGCUGUACCCACGGGUGAUCUGCGAUGGGCUAAGCCCCAAUGGCCGGCGAAUGAGACCAAGGUCAACAAUGGCUCCUUAGCUGAUGCUGAUGUUGACUGCUCUUCCGAGGAAGACUGUCUCUACAUGGAUGUCUGGGUCCCUGCAAACGCCGCUGGUAAAAAGCUCCCGGUUGCCCAGUGGACUUACGGUGGUGGCUUCACCGCAGGCAGCAAGUCGCAGAAUACGCCUGAGGGUUGGUUCAACCUCACCACCGACUUUAUCUUCGUUGCCUACAACUACCGACUUGGUCUGACGGGCCUAGCGACUGGACCUACGCUACAACAUGAAGGAGGGACUUCAAAUCUAGGGCUUUGGGAUGCCGAACAUGCUUUUCUGUGGACAAGAAAAUACAUAUCCAAGUUUGGUGGAGAUCCAGACCAAAUCACGGCAGUCGGAUUUUCUGCUGGUGCCUCUAACACACUAUUCCAAUUGACGCGCAAAGCUGGUCAUGCCGAGCAGCUCUUCGACCGUGCAUAUCUUAUGUCUCCCGGCUUUGUGCCAGGUGCUGGACAUAAUCAUGGCGAGCAAUUCUGGCAAAACGUCUCAUCCGCAGUCGGCUGUGACGGUGGCCAUCUGGACUGCAUGCGCCGAGUGAACUUCACCACACUUAACAGGGCCGCGACUGACGCGGUCGACAACUAUACCUACCAAUUCCAACCGAGAGUGGACGGCGACUUUGUGGCGGACACAUACGAGUCCCAAUUCUACCAAAAACGAUUCAACUUCAGUGGUCCUUUAGUCAUCACCCACGAACAGCACGAAGCCAACAGAGUGGCAUACUCAGGCGUGAAUACCACUGCCGAUGUGUCGACCUAUUUGAGGAUCUUCUUCCCCGCCAUCACGGACGAUGUCGUCAACGAGCUGCUUGAGCUUUACCCGGAGUCGGACUACACCAGUCCAGGCCUGCGGUUUGCGGACAUGAAACAGUCGCUUGACUUGACGGCCCAUAACCUUGCUCUUACCCAAGCUUUGGACAACAACACUUGGAAUGCUGAAGUCGGUCUCAGCCCAGCGACUCAUGGUACCGAUCAGGAUUAUAUUUGGUAUAGCACUUACACUUUGGAAUCGACGUCAGAGACAACCACGGGAACCACCACUACAGGUACUACUGGUACUUCGAAUUCGACGACAGGUGCACCGAGCGGCUCUACUGGCACAACCAGCUCGAAUGCCACUUCCUCCGACAACAGCACUUCCACCGGGCCAAGCGGCACAACGGGUACUGGCGGAGAAUCAAGCUCGGUCGAUUCGACUAUAGCCAUCAAGAUGCAAAAGUAUCUGCUUUCUUUCAUCCUCACGGGCAAUCCUAACACGAAGUGGCCGGAAGACAAGCUAUACUGGCCUAAGUACGGGGACAAUACGACACAACUGAUAUUCAACGAUACAUUCUCGCUCGGAAAGGAUGAUCUGGCCAAUAACAGGAGUUUGUACUGGAACAAGGCGCUAUGGUACUAG